AUGACUAAGUUAACAAUCUUUCUCUUUCUCUCAAUUUGCUUUUCAUCAUCAUAUUCAUGGGCCUACAAAACUCAUGGUGACUUUGUUGAAUGUCUUUCUCACAAAAUUAUGAACUCAAAUUCAUCACAAGUCAUCCACACUCCUAAAAACUCAUCAUAUUCAACCAUUUAUAACUCCUUUUCAGAUCAUAACCUAAGGAUAACCUCCAACUUCAAACCAUCAAUUAUUUUCACUCCUAUAAACGAAUCUCAAAUCCAGGUAGCUAUACAUUGCUCCAAGAUACAUGACCUACAAAUAAGAAUUCGAAGCGGUGGACAUGACUAUGAGGGACUUUCUUAUAUUUCGGACACCCCCUUCGUCGUAAUUGAUUUUAGAAACCUAAGAUUAAUCUCCAUUGACACUGAAAACAAGACUGCUUGGAUUCAAGCUGGCGCGACCCUAGGGGAAGUUUACUAUAGAAUCGCAGAAAACAGUAAUAAAUUGGCCUUUGUUGCUGGGGCUUGCCCUACUGUUGGUGUUGGUGGACACUUUAGUGGUGGAGGAUAUGGUAUGAUGUCACGGAAAUUUGGUACUGCUGCUGAUAACAUCAUUGAUGCAAAAUUAAUCGAUGCUAAUGGACGAAUUCAGGAUCGAGAAUCAAUGGGUGAGGAUCUCUUUUGGGCUAUUAGAGGAGGUGGAGGGACUAGCUUUGGUCUUAUUAUAUCAUGGAAGGUGAAAUUACUCGAUAUUCCUGAAAAGGUGACUGUGUUCAAUGUGCCACGAACGUUAGAACAAAAUGCAACUCAACUUGUUUACAAAUGGCAACAUAUCGUUGACAAAGUUGAUGACAAUCUCCUCCUCAGGAUCUUCCUAAGAAAUACUGAAUUUCCAUUCGGGGGUGGGCAAAGGGCUAUCUACGCCUCUUUCACUACAAUGUUCGUUGGAGGAGGUGAUGACCUCCUCCACGAAAUGGAAGAUAGGUUCCCGGAACUAGGGUUAGUGAAGGAAGAUUGCAUUGAGAUGAGUUGGAUCGAAUCAAUACUCUUCUUUGCCGGUUUCCCUAGGGGCACAUCACUUGAUGUGUUGCUAAAUUGGAAUACCACAACUAAUCAAAGAGGAUACUUCAAAGGGAAAUCAGAUUAUGUCCAACAACCAAUUUCUAUAAAUGGUCUUGAAGGUAUGUGGAAACUACUCAACCAAUUAGCAGUCGAAAACUCGGGGGCUGAAUUACAGUUUAGUCCCUAUGGAGGAAAGUUGAGUGACAUCUCAGAAUCUGAAAUUCCUUUCCCUCAUAGAGCUGGAAAUAUAUUCAUGAUCGAUUAUGCGGUGUAUUGGGGAAAAAUUGAAGAUUCUCAAAGAAAUAUAGCUUGGAGUCGAAAACUUUAUGGAUACAUGGCUAAGUAUGUAUCAAAAUCUCCUAGAGCUGCUUAUUUCAACUAUAGAGAUCUUGAUUUAGGAUUCAACAAUAUUAAUGGAAACACAAGCUAUGAACAAGCAAAAAUUUGGGGGGAGAAAUACUUCAAGAACAACUUUGAUAGAUUAGUACAAGUGAAGACUAAGUUUGAUCCAACAAAUUUCUUUAGGAAUGAACAAAGUAUUCCUCCUCUAUUAUCUUAAGCU